AUGCGGCGCACUGUAAUGCCUCCGCCACCAGCGACAGCUUUGUAUGACCCUGCAUUUUGUAAAUCAGACGAUGAUUCAUUAGAUGACCAUAAAUCAUCAUGUAGCACAGAUGAAAUGCGUGUCCGACCAUUGGAAACUUUCAUCAAGUCCAGGAAAGACGGUAGCGUACGAGUUGCAGUGCGUAUUCGCCCCAAAUUGCCUCGAGAACUUAUGCGAAAUGCUGCGACGUGUGUGAAAAAGUCGAAACAUGUGGAAAACACCAUUGAAUUGAGUACAGGAGAAACUACCCACAGAACGUUUACGUUUGAUCAUGUCUUUUCCGAGUCGACAAAGCAAAAAGAGCUGUAUGAGGAGGCACUGCAUCCUUGGAUGGCGUCGUUCCUACAGGGAUUUAACGUGACGGUUAUAGCGUACGGACAGACAGGAUCUGGAAAGACGUACACUAUGGGAAAUAGCAUGCCGUCCACGUCCGUGAUAGUCGAUCGUUUAUUUGGACGAUCUCUUUCACGUGAUGACAACAACGACGAGGAAGCUGUAGAUACACUACAGAGUGAUGAAGGGCUGAUUCCUAGGUUUCUACACCAUUUGUUUACAAAUAUGAACGAGACAAGAGGCAAUUUUCAAUUGUCAGUGUCGUUUUUAGAAAUAUACGGAGAGGAUAUUCACGAUUUAUUAGAAAGUCCAGAGACGCAGAGAUUUAGUCGACGGUCGGAGCCUUUGCAAUUGAGAGAGAAUAAGAAGAAUGGUGUGUGGGUGCAGGGACUGACGGAGGUGCGGGUAUCGAAUCGACAAGACGCUAUUAAGCAAUUGCGGCGAGGAUCACUGCAACGGGUUACUGCUAGCACACAGAUGAACGAACGUUCCAGUCGGUCCCACGCUGUAUACACGGUCAAGGUUGUCCAGCGAGUAUCUAAAUGUGAAUCUAAGAAGGCUUUACUUGUGCGAGACGAUCUUGAACCCUACAGUGCAAGGAGGCCCACUGCUCAUGCAUUUGGGUUGCCUAAUGUGCAAGGCGAUGUCUCCGAAUCUGAUACGGUGAUUGUGUCAAAACUUACAUUUGUAGACUUGGCAGGAAGCGAGCGAUUAAAGAAGACGCUUGCGGAAGGCGAACGCAUGAAGGAAGGCAUUCAAAUCAACGUUGGUUUAUUUGCUCUCGGCAACGUCAUCAAUGCGCUUGGCGAUGAUAAGCGUCGGACAGCAUCAAACGUACACGUUCCUUACAGAUCUUCAAAGCUAACGCGGCUGCUUCAAGAUGCGCUCGGUGGAAACAGUAGGACUUUGUUUAUUGCAUGCGUGUCUCCUGCAGACUUGUACGUAAAUGAGACCUUAAACACGCUUCAGUACGCAAACCGCGCCAAGAAUAUCCAGAACAAGGCAGUGAAAAAUAUUGAUAGCCGGUUUGCUGAGCUGGCAAAUUUGAAGGCGUUUAAUCAGCUUUUGUGCCGCGAGCUGGUUAAGGCAAUCAUUGUAGGUUUUGGGGAUGGAUGGUCUAAUGAUAUCGACACCUGGACGGGAAACUGUAUGACAAACUCAAGCGUUUUGGCGUACUUAAGCAAAAUUGAACGUCUAACAGCAUCGGCAGGACCAGAGACGUCUAAUGAGGAGCGUCUUAUUGAAACGCGGCGCCUAUUGAAUGGCCUCACUGCUUACCUGUGCGGGUUAGUGCCGAAUAAUGAAUACCGACGGGCUGCUUCAUUGUCAAGUUUGAACGAAAAUAAGGCCGAUGAAAUUAAGUCUCCCGAUGAACAUCUAGAUUUCGUUAGCGACAGUGGCUCUUCCGUGGCAAUUAUGGAAGAUCGGAAGAUCGAUAUGGAUGACACGUUUGUGUCUCCUUACCCAAUAGAAAAGCUAUGCCGCACAUUGGAAGUAAUGAAUUGUGCGUAUGAAAUGCAAGAAAUGCAACUAGAAAUGAAACGACAGCGUGAAUUAUUCCAAGCUAAAUUGCUCAAUUUGGAAUCCCGGCAUCACCGCCAGGAGUUAUUGCGAAACGGAUUGUCGGAUAUGAUUGACAGGAUGCAAACAUGGCUACCUGAAUCUCUAUUGGACCACUCAUCACAAGAUACAAGAAAGACAAUUUAUCGCAGCUUGGAAGCUGCCAAAGCAAAGAUGGCGCUGAUGGAAGUUGAUAUGAUGGAUAUUCAGACCCAGAAAGCGACACUGACAAGCGAACUGGAAAUGAAGAUGAAACGUUAUCAAAAGCAGUGGAAAUUGAAGCAAGAACAAAUUGACGAGAUGAGAGCAGUUUCGGGAGAGACCAUGACGAACGCACUCAACGUUUUGACCCGGAAAACUGAAAUUAAGGUUUGCUUUGACGGCUACGAUCUUGAGAGUAUUUUUAGAUACCUGAAGGAUGAAGAACAAGAAAUGGCGGGUUUCCUUGACGAAGGUGAUGAAGCGAUUUCGUUCAUGUCGCCUUUGUUCACUCAGGCAGAGUUAUCUUCGCUGCAGUCCCGCGACGUACUAUCGAUGAUUCAGGAACAGCUUCGGAUCGCCUUUGACAAAGAAGCUCUCGAGGCUUCAAUGAACAAGGAGCUACGAAAGCGAGCACAGUUGUUUGAGAAUAUUACGAGCGGGCUAGUGGCUUGUCAUUGCGGUGAGAUCACCGAGCAGGAGUUUAUGGAAAAGAAUGAGCAAAAUCUGAAAGACUGUGAGGAUAACAUAUGCCAGCUUCGUGAUGCUAUGCGCGCAAAGCGGGAUCAGCGAGCAUCAAUGGCUGAAAUACUUGAAUCGAUUGUGUCGUUAGGCGCGGCAAAAGACCUGAUUCGAUUGCUUAUUGUCGAAAUAUAUUCUCGCUGGCGAAGUUACAUGGUGGCUGAUGAAGAGGAGGAAUUAAGGCAGCAAAGAGAGGCAGAAGCAAUUGCAAAGGAAAACAUGGCUGCACUGAAGACUGACAUGAACGUAGAGAUGGAAAAGAUAGAAGCAAAAUAUGAACAGGAUCUUCUGUGCGCCUUUCAAAUGGUGACGAGCUUCAAUGACGCAGUCAGGUUUGAUGAGCACCGACAGGUGCAAGAUUCUGUAACUGAUACAGGCGUAGCGACCAGCAUUACUUUGUUGGAAGAGCGUGAAAAGAUGCUUGUCGCUCAACUUUCCGAAAAAGAAAAGGAAAUGAUGCUUAUGCGUGUGGAGUUAAACCACUUUCAAGCGUCAGCGAAGAGCAUGGAGGGCAAGGAGAAAUCCUUGUGCUUGAUGAGCCGAUGCGAGAAGAUUCGGCAAGAGUUAGGCUUGAAUGACGAAGACCAGACCAACACGUACCAAGAUAUUGACGAACUUUUGAUAAAAAAAUGCUCUCAAGAGCUAGAAGAACUUGAAGCUGCCAGAGAAAAGCUUCAAGCUCGAAUUCGCGACGCCUAUCGUGUCAUCAGUCGAAUGGAAGCGGUCCUACACGUGACCGAUCCAUUGGAUAUCCAACUUCUUCCUUCAGUCGCGGAAGGGACACUACUUGAACAAGAGAAAUAUCUACUUUUGCUGCAAAAGCGUUUGUCGAGUGAGUUGUGGGAACGCUUAAGUACUCGUAUUCGAACCUUUGAGGUUAUCAUGGAGCUAGCGUGGGGCCUUCAGAUUAGAUCGACAGAAGAUUUUCGCCAUGUUCCUAAAGAUGACUUGGACAAUUUUGACGUGCAUAUCAUGAAAUUUGAAACAGUGGACUUAGACGUUUGGAAAAGCUAUUAUAAGAGAAAGGACUCUGCUGAUGCGCUUGACCAAUUUCUGGAUUACCUUGGUGAGAAGGGCGAAGUAUCCCGUUCGUCUUUACAGCAAGACAAGCUUCUUCAUCAAACUUUGCUGAAAGAAAAGACGAAGCGAAUUGCAGAGGUGGAAGAAUAUCUAAAGGCUAUUAGGACGUUGGCGCGUAAAUCUCAUUUAUCACAAGAUGAUAUCAUGUCGGUGGUUUACGCUAUACGCGAUAAAGAGGGUUCUCCUGACGGCACAGUGGAUAGUACCAACACUGUGUUUGAGGAUGUUUGUGCUCGAAUUCUGCAGACGGGUGGUCACCUUGAUGUCAGCAAGCGAGGGUUGGAAGUUUUUGCAAUGGUGCUUCGAGGAUUUGAAGAGGUUCAAGCAGGACGGUUAAAUGCACUGGACAAUCUGUACAGAAUUGUAGACGAAGCUGCAAUGCUGACACAGAACGCAACUACCAGUGGUGCUGUGGACGAAGAAGCCUUAACAAACCAUCACUACUUUAAUUGUUCGCGGCCUGAAACCCCACAAGAUGAUGAAAACUUAAUGGACACUCUUGUUGCUGGCAAGGGGAUAAUUAGCACCUUGAGUAAACCUGUAGAGAGCUCAUUGCGCAGUCUGUUUUAUUCGAUGAACGAGGACUUAGCAUCUUUUGGCAUCGACACAGAAGAGCAGCGCAUGAGCUUUUAUCUAGGCUGCAAGGGCGAGGAUCAGACAUCCCGGCGCGCCAUACUGAAUAAGUAUGCAGUGGUGCCAUGCAUUGCAUCAAGCGUGCAAGGUGAAGAGGACGUCUUGGAUUCAGCAAUUCAGGAAAGACCGCCAAACUGCAGCGAUUCAUUUCUGUCCAGACUUGAUCCCGAAUUCGAAAAACUACACGACACGUACUCAAUAUCGUAUGGAGAUCAGCAGUUGUGGAAGCUUCGCACCUCUAUUACAGACAAGCAAGAAGUGGAAAUUACAGUGAAUAGCGCGCAAAAUCGACUGCGAUCGCUGCAGAAGGUCAUGAAGAUAUUUAGCAAAAUUAACGAAUUUAAGGGCAAGAUUGCUGAAUUUGAAGCACACGCAAGUGAGAAAGACCGCUUGUUUGGUAAUUCACUCAGACUGCUAGAAGAAGAGCGUUUUCGCAAGAUGGCAGCCAAGCACUACCCUAACUUACUAGCGGCACUUCGAAAAGAAGUAUCGCGCUGGCUGGAAAAUGAAGAUGGCGAGUAUGAUCUUAGUGUACUUGGCGAGGACCUUAAGAAUCUCUUGUUGGAUAUGAUGAACACUGACACAGGCCUUAUGCACCUGGACUUGGGAAUUGUGCGUUCUGCGACGAAGCAAUCCUUAAUAUCUAGCUCAAGCAGUUGCAAUCCUCAAGCUACUACCCCAAGCUGCGAUCAACAAGCUGCUACCGCUGCGAGAGCUCGUGGUCAAUCGCUAAGUGGGCACAGUCACAGUCAACGAGCUGGAAGCCUCAAAUUCGACCAGAAGUAA